GGGUCCCGAGGUCCCCUGAUAGUAAAUCACCUCCUCUUGCUGGAAUGACUGGUUUUCCUCCACGAGUCUUCCACACAGUCACUGUAUGACUCUCCACAGACCUGGCUGGGGCUGAGGAACAGGAUUCCUCUCCCAGAAGCACACGAGGAAGCGAUAAAAGACUUUUAACCGCAGGUGCCUCUGUGAUGGACCGGCCAGGCCACUGUCACACGGCAGACAUCAGGGGGAGCUGGGGCCCCGCUCCGCCGUGCCGAGGACGAGCGCUGCCGAGGCCCUCGCCUGAGCCUGCCCGGGCUGUCCGCCCGCUGCGGUGGGAGUCGUCCUUCUCCCAGCCGGGCCCGACGGAGAGCGAGCCCAGCGAAGGACAGGUCUUCCUCAGCGAAAGCUGCGUGAAGAGACUGCUGGAGAUUGCAGAAGGCUCAGAGUUUCUCAGGCUGCAGGUGGAAGGAGGUGGCUGCUCUGGCUUCCAGUACAAGUUUUCCUUGGACACAGUUAUCAAUCCUGAUGACAGGGUGUUUGAACAAGGUGGUGCCCGUGUGGUUGUGGAUGUGGACAGCCUGGCCUUCGUGAAAGGUUCCAUGGUGGACUUCAGCCAGGAGCUGAUCCGAAGCUCCUUCCAGGUGGUGAGCAACCCCCAGGCAGAGAAGGGUUGCUCAUGUGGGACUUCCUUCUCUGUCAAAUUCUGACUGGACUUCCCAUGGAUGGACACUGUUUUCAGACACUUCCUGGCAGUCUUCAGAGGGUUUGUCCUUUUCCCAGCUGCUCCCUCUCAUCUCGCUCUGUGACACAGCUGUUACACAUUACUGCAGCUGUGUGUAUGUUUGCACUGAACCUGUCUCCAAGACUUGUUGGCCUUCCCUUCAGAAACAUGAAGCAACCAUGAGCACGCACACGGGAGCAUCUUCAGCACCUUGUGAACCACUGGCCAGGUGGUGCUGACUCACCUGCCCUGUCCCGAAUGUGGAACCACUUAACUGUUUCUCUCUGCAAGAGAUGGCUAUAAAUAUAUAUAUGUGUGCGUGCGUGUGCAGGUGUGUUUAUUGAAAAUUCUUAGUAAAAAAAGUCUCUGAGAUUGA